AUGAAUUCCUUCUCGAUGAACGCGCUUGCAAAGACAUUGCCAGCAGUAUGCCGACAAUGUCAACCUCGUGUCACGUAUCUGCGUGCCAUUCGCCCUUUUUCCACUUCUCCGAAAGACUCCGCGAGCCUGAAAGAGAAGACCAGGUCAAUUGAGAAUCAGAUUCUUGAUCGCCAGCCUGAAUCGUCGGACAGCUCUUCGCCGCUGUCAGCUAUUUCCAAGAUGAUGACUGGCAACCGAUCUUCCUCCUCCCGUGUUAGCGCCGACUACGCCCGGUUGGCCGAGAGCCUGGAAGCCGACAUGAUCAAAAACCCCUACGCCGACCGUGCUCCACCUCAUCACCUCCACGUCUUUGCACACAAGCACAAUACCAUCCUCACUCUGACACGGCCAAAUGGCAACCCAGUUCUGUCGAUGGGCUGUGGCCAGAUUGGCUUCCGUAAGGGGGGCCGCGCCGGCUUCGAUCCGGCCUACCAAUUGUCCUCUCACGUCCUCUCGCAGAUCCAGGAGCGCGGCCUCCUGUUGGAUAUCAAGCGCUUAGAGAUUGUCUUCCGUGGGUUUGGCAAGGGCCGAGAAGGGUUCACCAAGGUGCUUCUGGGUAAUGAGGGACGGAACAUUCGGGGUCUUGUUAGCCGAGUGACCGACUCGACUCGCAUCAAGUUCGGUGGUACUCGUAGCCGCAAGGUUCUGCUCGUUCCCACGACGGAAUGCCUUAUUGGAUCACGCGAUCGGGAGUCCAAUCUGUACUACUCGGACCUCGUCGCGUCGGAGGAGUUCCUAGGGAGCCACGUGUUGCGUAUCCCGCUCAACCUGGGCUCGACAAGUGGAAAAGACGAAUCCAAUGUUCGCGAUAACAGGGGGAAGGCGAGGCAGGUGACAACCUUCAAUGGGAGGACGGUGAUCAUCAAAGAGAACUCAGUCUACAGCAACAAAGGCUUUAAAUCCCUGACUCAGGCACAGCUUCUCUCCGACGCCCUCUACUACACCCCGUCCAGCGAAUCUCGGCCAUGGCUCAUAUACUACAUUUCGCGGCCAUUGAUCGGGUCAUACGAUCCCGCCAAAAUCAUUCCGGCUGCAGUACCAGGGACGAAUACGAAGAAGAUAGAGCCAGCUCCUAUGGACAAGAAGGGCGGUAAGGGAGAAUCAAUAGCUCCACCGAAGCAGGAGAUCAAGUCCUUCGGCGAACUGCUGGCAAACUUUCCCAUGAUUGCAAGACAGAUGCAGCCGGGCCUGGAAAGAUUGUUCCGCGAAUUUGGCAAAGAGCUCGGCAAGCCGCUACCUCCACCGCCAUCCCGCUCACCUUCUGCAUCUGGUAGCGAGUCAGAACAUAGGUUAUCGCGUGUGCAAACUUUGCACGAUGAAAGCUCGUCUAUUCGCAGUUGGUCUUCCCGUCGAGGCCGACUGCCGUUCAAUUCGGAAGAAUACUUCGAAGAUGAUGAGGAUCUUAUGCGUCGGAGCUUGGAGACUGCAGUGACCGCUGCCAUUGACCUUUUCCGACUCGUCGACAAACAGCAGCUAUCUCUGCUUGGAGCUACUACCGAUCUUACCGGGCCGUUGGUUGAGCGACUUAUCGAGCGGUAUGUGGCAGAGCAAGUACAUGAACCGCUCUUGUUCCCUCGUUUAUGUGCUUUCCGACAACCCGAGGAUUCUGAGCUGGACUCAAGAAUCCGGCAUAUGGAGAGCGUUGAUGUGACACAAGUUGGUAUAUCCGUGGAGGGUGGACGUGAAGGCAAGCGAGAAGUCAUCCGGCGGCUCAAUCGGGGCGUAGAAGAAUUCCGCAAGAUGGCUGAUGCGAGAAGCCCCCACGAGAUGCUGAAUACCCUACUCGAAACUGUCAAGGUAGUUUCCUACCCCGGGAGCUACGAUAAAGUCGAUGGGCCCGCAUCUGAGAAAAGAAGAUCUCCACUGACGAUCAACGCUGAUGUUUUGGUCUCAUUGCUGCUGGUUGUCGUCAUUCGAUCGCAGAUCCGGCACCUCCAAGCCCGCUUGCUGUACAUGCAACACUUCAUCUACAUCGACGAUGUAGACAGUGGCGAGAUGGGAUAUGCACUGAGCACUUUCGAGGCAGUUUUGAUGUACCUUGUGACCGACUCAGCUGGUCUGCGCCGCGCAAGUGCCCGAAACCGACGGCUCUGGCAAGCCACCAAAGCAGGUCGGCUAUCCGAUAUGAAGAGCAUCCUCGAACCGAACGGAGACCAUGAGUCUAUCGACGAAGCUAUUCCGCGUGAACCCGAGCGAAAGUCUGUGCUUUUCCAGACCGAUAGCUCCGAGGAACCGGAGGAAUCACCGUUCGAGACAUCAUCAAUGUACAGCAAUUCGAUUUUCACCAAUGGCCAGCCAGUACCAGAAGAAGCUAUUGAGUCGGAUGCGCCGCCUCUCUCCCAUGUGUUCCCCUUCCAAACAUGGGCUGGAGACUCGCCUUUGAAGGAUUACAACCGGCCUGUUAAGAAGGUUUCGAUGAACGUCCGCAGCUUAUCGGAGUCAUCCACUGUUUCAUUCCUUUCCAGGACAACCACGAUUGGGUCAAUGGCAAGCAACAUCGAAGGCGACACUUCCCUGGAGACUCUCACCAAAACGCAAGAUCCAGCGGGUGAUUCAAUCCCUAUGAUGGCAGUGGAAAGCCGCCAGACAGAGUCUUUGAAAUAUCUACUCAGCCUGGAAGAAUAUUAUCCUUUGGAAGAUAUCCUCGAAGACACGAACGCUGAUGGAACAACUCUGCUCAAUGCGGCUGUACAACUCGCCCAUGCCGAGAUUGUUGAAAUCAUCCUUGACUUUCUCUUCACCAAAACUGACGAAAGUGUGGUCGCUAUGUAUCUGACCAGGUCCGACGUCCAUGGUCGAACAGUAGCUCAUUAUCUGUUCAGUACCCCUUCUUUGCUUUCUCGGCUUGGCGGACUUCUUCCAUGGCGCCAGCGUGAUAAGCAUGGGCAGACUCCUCUUUUCGCUCUAUGCCGCUCUUAUGACCAUCCUGAAUACAAGAUUAUGGUCCAAGCCGCCUUGACAGCAGCGCAACGGGCCCAAGGUAAUGGGAAACCGCUUCAGCUUGAUGACCAUGUUGAUGCCAAAGGCAACACAUUGCUACAUAUCAUUGGCGAUCCAGACAUUACGACACGGAUUCUUCAAGAGAGCGACUGUGAUCCAAAUGCAACCAAUGACAAGAGGUUUACACCCUUGAUGAUGGCCAGUAAAUACGGUCGCGUUGAUCAAGUGCGCAUUCUGUUCAUGGAUCCCAGAGUCGAUGUCCAUGUCAAGGAAGCCCGCGGACUGACUGCUGUCGAACUGGCGAAAGAUGACGAAGUCCGAAACCGCAUUGACGAUUUGAUUCUUCUAUCGCAUCCACCAUCCGCCUGUGGUGAUCCCUCGGGUCGUGUGACUACCGUCGUGCGAUCAUUCUUUGUUGAAGAUGCAACUGUUCGCUUCAUUCUCAAGUCUGGUGCCCCUUUCCCUCCCUCGGAAUCGAUGGCGUCUUCCCAUCCAGGAUCGACAACAUACACCGUCACGACAUGCCGCCGCAGCUUGAACGACUUUGAGAACCUCGCCAAGUGGCUUGCCGUGGAACAUCCCGCAUCCUACGUGCCAUCUCUGUCUGAUUUCCGGAACCCAUUCCAAAUUCACUCGAAGCCAUCCCGAUCCGUCCUGCAUGAGCUUCAAGAAAAGCUAGAUCGGUUCCUGAAAACUCUUCUAACCCAUCCAACCUUCUCUACCCAUGAAAUGCUGUGGGAGUUCUUCCUUGUCCCCGAGCUGCAACCCGAGAUGAUGGCCGAUCGAUCCCAGCGCAAGGCAGCCGUGCUCACCGAGACAAUCGCCGACGAAUACGCCCCCGUCUCUCUCGAAGCCAUGCGCGACACAGAACAAUUCGUCUCGCAUGCCCAGGACAUGGUACGCGGGGUACACGUCAACACGCGCAGCCUGAUCCGGCGCGGCCACGCUCUGCAAAACAGCGCCUCCGACCUCGCCGACGCAGUUGCCCUCUGUGCAAGCGUGCUCUCCACUCUCAAAGAACCCACCAACGCCCUCCCACCCGUCUACAUAGACGCCUUCACUCGCUACGGCACCUACCUCUCAACCUCCAGCUCCGACUCCUCCCCACUUCUCCAGUAUCUUGCCACCCUCACGUCAAUGGACAACACCACCGACGCAAUCCUCCUAUCCCUCUCCCGUCCCCUAACCCUAAUGUCCACCCUAACCUCCACAAACCGGAGCAUCUCGCGCUCCCGCUCAUUGCUCAUAUCGGCCUCGCUCCCGCGCAAAUUCAACAUCAACCUUCCGGGCUUCGAAGAGUCGCGGCAGAAAUCCGCCCGCGACCUCGAGCAGAAGAUCUGCGACGGCGAGGCCCAGUCAUCCCGCCUCGCCAAGGAGAUUACCUGGAACAAGGACGUUGUUGUCGGCGAGUUGGCGGGGUGGACUACGUGGCGGGAGAGAGUCGGGCGCGAUGCAAUUCGCGCGUUUGUGAAGGAUACGCUUGUACGGGAGAAGGAGCGCGGGAAGCGGAUUGAGCGGUGUCUGCGUAGUGUGCGUGAGAUGAAGUCAUGA